CGUACGCGUACUAAAUUUAGACGGCCCCGCCAAAGUAGUUGGACGCGUAACGACGACUACGGCGACGACGACUACGACGACGACGACGACGGCGGCGACGGUAGCGGCGACGGCGACAGCGAUAGCGCGCGCAGUCAGUGACGUUACGGGGAUCCCUUCUGGUGCACACACGGUCCGCGGUCCGCUCAUUCGCUCCGUCUAUAGUUCGAAUAAUAAUAAUAAUAAAACUCACCGCGCGCGCCGCUGCACGGUCAGUCACUCAAGCUACGUAUUAUUAUUAUUAUCGUCACUCACUCGAGCACACGCGCGCCACCGCACCACACGUUGUCACGCGAACAUGUCGUCCGGGUGCUAGUCAUCAUCGCUGUCUGCUCGCUUGUUUGUUUGUUUGUUUGAUAUUUUGUUUUAAUAUAUAUAUUUUUUUUUUUCGAAAAAUAAAUUUUUUCCGUUUAACUUUUUAUUUCAAAAGUUUCGUCUCGUUGCGCGAAUUUUUUCUCUCGCAUCCCCCCGACAACUGUUCGCUCUAGUCCUCCCGACAAUUAUUUAUUUUAUUAAUAAAUAAUACCCACGUCUCGUCCUAUUACAUUAUAAUAUUAUUUCCUUCCUCGUGUUCAAUAAUAAUAAUAAUAUUCGUAUUAUUGUUAUUAUUUGUAUAAUAUCGGUCCAACGAUUUACGUACAAUAACUAUUGUCGUCGAUCGUCAUGUUGAUGUCUGGCGCAAUGACCAAUCCAGACACUAGCCUGUUGGGUACGGCCGAAGGUCUGGUCGGCAGCCUGGCCAGCCUGACCGCCGUGCCCGGCACUGGCGGCGGUGGCGGUGGCGGUGGCCAGCAAAAAGACACCACGUGGACCAAGCUGUUCGUCGGCGGACUGCCGUACCACACCACUGACAAGUCGCUCAGGGAUCACUUUGCCGUGUACGGUGACAUCGAAGAGGCGGUCGUCAUCACCGACAGACAGUCCGGCAAGAGCAGGGGCUAUGGAUUUGUGAUAAUGGGCGACAGACCCGCAGCCGAGAGGGCGUGCAAAGAACCUAACCCAAUCAUCGACGGGCGGAAGGCUAACGUAAACUUGGCCAUACUGGGAGCAAAACCUCGAGGAAAUUUACAGCCAGCGUUUGCUUUUCCAAGUAUAAGAGCUGGAUACUCUGCUGUGAUACCUAGCCAAUUUGGGGUGCAGCCCAGCUACCUGUACCAAGCCGGUCAAGCGGCCAGCGCGGCGUACUUAGGCGGCGGCGGCGUCAUGCCGCUCGCCCCGACGCAUGCCGCAGCGAUGGCCGCGGCCACGUCGCAGUUCUACGAGUACCAAAACGCCGCCGCUGCCGCAGCAGCAGCAGCGGCUCUGUCGUCCUAUCCGUCGCAGUACGCCGCCGCAGCCGCAGCGGCUGCAUCGUUCGACCCGUACACAUCAGCAGCAGCAGCAGGAGUCGCCAACUACGCCACGCCGUAUUCCUACGCGGCACUGCCCAGCAGUACUGCCGGUCUGCCGACAGCCGCGAGCUCGGCCAGCGCGUUCACCGGCCUGUCUCCGUACACAGCAGCUGCCGCACAACAAGCGGCGUCGCUGCAAGAAGCUCGAUUACAGUAGCAUUGUCAAUUCAAAGCAGCCCGUGCCCUCCGUCCUAGAUUACGAAUUUUUCAAAGUCAGGGACAUCGGUAGUGUGUCGUCGUCAAUGUCGACAGGCAAACAAAAACAUUAAAAAAAAAAAAAAAUUUUAAUUAAAUAAACCUUAGGAAUACGUUCGAUUAUUAUUAUUAUUGAUAACAUAAAACAUAAUACUAAUAUUAAUUGUAAAAUAAUAUAUCAUAUUAUUUAUAUAUAUAUAUACAUAGAAAAAAAAAAAAUGAAAAAAAAAAUUACAUCGUCGUCAAAAACGAAAAUGUCUACAGCUGCAGCUUACCAAAAUAAUUGUAUAAUCAUUAUUAUUAUUAUCAAAUAAUAAUAAUAAUAAUAAUGAAUACCUUAGACUUUAAGUAUAAUAUAUUAUAAAUAGAUAAUAAUUGUAAUAAUAUUAUAAAUUGUCGUGUAGUAUUUAGGUAGUGGCCGUCAUCGCGAAUACGACCGCGGUAUAAUAUUGUGCAUUAAAAAUUGACUCAAACGCGCGCAUUUGGGAUUUUUGUCCAUGUUUUGUUUGUGGACGAUGGUGCAGUCUAUCACUUAUUAUAUUACUGAAUUAUAAAUAUACCGCGUAGAUAAAAGUGAUGUCUACAUGAAUUCCACUCGCGUAUUAAUGUACUAUGAUGUUUGUGUUUUUCGCUCAGUCGAUUUUCGCCCUUCGGAAAAAAAAAACGAAAUCUGCAAACGCGGCUAUUUGAAGUUACAUUUUUUAUACAUCGAUACCGACAUACCGUUACCAAUUUAUUACCGCGACCGACGCGAAGUAUUGUAACAUUACCUGAUUUACCUAUACGAAUAUUAUACGAGCCUUUAUUAUAUACAGGUUACGACCGUGCAAUCGCAUCUCGAGCGCAUAAAUUAUGUAUUAUUAUUUUGUUUAGUUCAAUUUUAUUUUAUUCAAUUUUAUUAUAUAUUUUUUUUCGAUUAUUUAUUCAAUUUGUAUCUACAAAUUAUUGUUUGUUUAAUACUUUAGAUUUUAAUUUAUUUUAUAGCGAUCGGAAAUCGUAGUAGUUAUCCAUCACGUUAAUCCUAGACAAUUAUUUUCGGGGCAAUUAAAAGUCGAAACAUUAAAGACGUAUAUUAUCUAGAUAUUAUAUUUUAAUGAUUAUAAAUGGGUUCAGUAAUAUACAUUUUGUGCCAAACAUUGAAAAUAUUGGGCAGUUUAAAUGUGAUAUAUUUGAUAAAUUAACUAGCAACUAUCCCAAAGCAAAAGUGCAAAUAAUUAUAAUAUUAUGUGCAAAAAACCCAUGGAUUAAAUUAUUUAAAUUAGUCAAAAACCUAUUGAUUGGUAGAUAUAACAUAUUAUACGUGGAAAAGAUUGAUGUAUCGAAAUUAUAUAACUUAUAUUAUACGAUAAAAUAUAUCAUAAUUAAUUAAAAAUAAUAUAUAUAAUAUAUAUUAAAAUAGCCAUCCAAUUCUUAAUAUAUUAAGUGGUUAUUGUUUUAUUAUAUAAAUAAAAAAAAAAAAAUUGAAACAACUAAAUAACUUUUUUAACAUAUAAAUUACGAUCACGCGUACUAUAAUAAUAUUAUAUUAUAAUUAAUAUGUUUUUAUUUUUAUCCGUAUAAUUACUAUCGUAAAUAUAUUUAUUUAAAGAAUUAUCAAUAACGAAUAUAAUAUAUUAUAUUAUAUAUUAUAUAUGCCUAGUCUAUAAUGUAAUUUUAUUUUUUGUUUUACAUUUUAGGUUAGUAUAUUAUAUUAUUAUAAAGAAUUUAUAUCAUAAUUUUAAUAACAGCCACGCAUCUCUAGUCAUGUGUACAAUAAGAUUAUUAAUCAAUUUUAAUUUUAAGAGAAAAUAUUAUUAUAUAUGUUUAUAAUUAUUAGUUAACUUAAUAUUAUUGUAACGCAUCUAUACAUUUGUAUAAUAAUGCGGAUAAACGUAUAUUAUACGUCAUAAAGUACAUAUUAAAUAUAUUAUUAUAAAUAGGUUUAUUUUAUACAUGUUUAAUAUUUCUAAGGUGAUAUUUAACGUCAAAUCUAUUAACCAAGCACAAGGUAAAGUAAUCAAUUUUUAUAAAAACAAUAAUUAUUUACGAACAUUUUUCUCGAUUUAUAUAAUGAAAUAGCCAGAGGCAACAAUUUUCCAGAUUAUGUAUUAUACAAACAGAAACACUCCUUUCCGGGUAGCUCCGUUAAAACUCAUCAGUGAUUUUUUUUUAUAAUUAAUAUACGAGCUUACGUUUAAAAAAGAAAUUACAGGAAUUUUGUUUUCUAUUUUGAGCAUUUAUAGAUAGUAAUAAUAUUUUAAACUGGUGUCACCUUCUCAUCAUAUUGUAUAAUAUUUCUUAUUUUCUUCCCGUAUAUUAUAUGAUAUUAUCUAUACAUAAAUAUAUAUAAAACAAUCAAGCUUUUAGUUCGUUUUUUACUCUAUGUAACACACACUUACGAUGGAUAAAACUCUAAUUUUUAUAUAUAUGUAAAAAAAGACUGAUGAUUGUUUUUUUACACUUAGAGCCAGUUAAAUAUUAUAAUGAGUGUUUUUUGUAGCGUCUACGUAGAGCGAUGUCGACCAGAUUAAAAUUAUAAUUCCAUUUUUAAAUGUAGUAGUAUUGUAUAGUAUUUUUCUAAAAGCGGGGUAAAUAAAUCGAAUUUGUUUUAUCGUAGAACAAAAUUAACAUUUUUUUACCGUGGUUUACCUAUACUUGUGUAAACCGUGGGCACGAUUGUCCAUAAUAUUAUGUCAAUAAAUAAUAGUUAAUAUUAUAAGUGUGAGAUUUCCCCUCGCGUAAGCCGUAAGCGAUAAUAAUGUAUAUUAUUGAAAAUUAGGCACUUAAUCGAUUUCAAAAAACGGGUGUUUGAGCCCCGCCACCUCCACUCCGGUCCAAUCAACACUAUAAAUUACCUGUACCAUAUAAUAACAUUAUAUUAACAUAAUAUACUUCCAUGAUAAAAAACAAAUUUAAAUGUACAAAGUAAAAAUUAAUUUAUUAUAUAUGUUCAAUCUGGUGUGCCUUGUAAAUUACAUUAAAGUAAAUAAAAAAUAAAAAAAUAAGAAUAAUAGAUGUAUAUUUUGAUAUAUAAAAAAAUUAAGUAAAAAAAAAAAAAAUCGAUAACAUUGACGUUCAUAUUAUUAUGUGUACAUGAAAUUUUAUUGUUAUAUCGUUGUGUUAACUACGAUAACGAUAAUAAUAAUAUAAACAAUAAUAAUUAUACUCGGUAAUCUGACAGAUUUCAUAUUAUUUUUCGACUAUAAUAUUGUACAUAAUAUAAUACUAACUGGAUGAAUAAAAUAUGACGUGUUUUGUGUACUUAACGAUUUUUAAAACAGAACUACGAUGUAUAAACAUAUCGAAGUUAAUUUUUUUAAUGAAAAUUUAAUUAAAUAUAAUAUAAUUUCACACGGUUACUAUUAAUGUUAAAAUUAAUAAGAAUUUUUUUAAAAAAAAAGAAAGAAAAUGUAGUACCUAGUUAUUGUUGGCAAAAACCUAAUAUUACAUAACCAACGGUGAAGCUAGUCAUAUGGGAAAUAUUCCGGUGCACCAUAUUUUUAAAAUUUAAUGUACCUAUUUAACGUUGUAUGAUAUAAGGAUAUUAUUAUUAUAUUAUAAAAUUAUUUAAAAAAUGAUUAGACACGUAAGCUUAUACAUUAUAAUGUGGUGAUCAAUUAUAUCACAUUAGUAUAAUAUAUUAUAUAUAUAUAUAUAUAAAUUCGAUGGAAUUUAGUCAAUAUUAAUGGUUAAUUUUAAGACAUAGUUGUAUAAAUAAAUUAAAUACAUGUUUAAAAAUUGA